GCGAAUCACAAAACUCUGGGCCACAAUCGCGGGGCUGGUUCGUCAAGUAAAAGGAACAAAAAACUAUUAAAAAUUCACACCAGAAAAAAACAAAAGGCUACCCAAGAACUCCCAUGCAUGACAAGCAAAAGCGACCCGCCGGUUCUCUUCAUGCCAAGUCCGUCAUCCAUCGAUCUUGAUCUGCCGUCCUCCCCAAGGUCAAAUAAAUCACCUCCACCCUUACGACGGUUGCGCUAACAGAGAUAACAAAGUAAUACCAAUAGCGAGCGUCCUCUGGACUGGAUUGGGUAAAAAAUCAAGCGGUUUUGUUUGAUCGGCUCUCGGAUUAAUUGCGGAAUGACGUAGGGAGCAAGCAAGAGCUGAAAACGCUGCUUUUUGUUACACCUGCAAACGAUAAGAAUAUAGUACCACCAGUUUGUGUUGCUUUGGACGGAAGGGAGGAAGAGGUAUGGUUUACCGUUGACCAUAUCCACGGACAGUUGAAUUUUUUAAGUCUGGAAAAACAACAAGGCUUCCCCUCCCGAAAAAAAAAGAAAAAAAAAAAAACGAACAAAAAUACAUGACUGAAACCAGCUCCACACCCGACAAGGCCGAAAGGCCCCUGAUAAGAUCCAACUCGGCAGCCUCGGGUGCAAAAUCCUACGUCUCGGUGCCCGUCACUGGAGUCCACCCCUAUGGAAGUCUACAGAUCCAUCAACAGCCCGGACCCGGGCAAGAGACCGAACCGGGUAGCACGGAUGGCAUGCCCUCCCUGUCACCCCAGGACCUGCUCGGCGAGGGGGAUGUGUUCCUGAUCCUCGACCUGCUCGAGGGCUUCACGGUAGGUUGCGACAUGGCGGCACUCACCAUCGAGACUGCCCGUCCGGUUCUGGGCUUCCGCGGUCUGCCAGCCGGGGCGCAUUUGGUUUGGGUGGCGGAUCCGCAGCAGAUGUCGCGCUGUGGCUACUGGUGCGUCACGGCAAAGGAAGGGGGUGCCGGCAUGGUGAGGGUCAAGCAGUGGGAUCGGUACAACGAGGUGCUGGGCGAGCCGGCUAGUCUGUUCGAGGCCAGGAGCCACAGGGAAAAUAUUGCAAGUUUCUACCAGAACCUGCUUCCCUACAACAUUCGGCAAGACGGUGGCCGUUCGCCCUUGUCGUCCCUGCCCAAGGGCCUUCCGAGCAGGGACAUGCCGGAUCUGGAUCCGGACCUGGCCAUCGAGAAAACCGCCAUAUGGCACCACCUCACGUCCUGCAUAACUGAGGACCUACUUCGGCGCGUGACGGGCUGCCUGCUCCCGGACACGCGCGAGUGGCUGGUCGACACGGCCGACACGACCAAGGGGGAGGUGAACUUUGCCCAGGCCAGCAAGCUCUUCAAGGCCGUUGUCGGCAGCGAGCUGGCGUUCCUGUUCCCCCGCGACGAUCCCGGGCUCGACCUGAACCAGCUCGCCACGGGCGCGAAGACCACAUCCCCCGACACGACCGCGCUCAUCACCUCGGUCAUGGACCGCCGCGAGGACGUAUUUGAGCCCGACGUCGUCGGCGAGCUGCAGUUCGCCUUCCUCACCGCCGUCCACCUCGGCAACCCGUCGUGCCUCGAUUACUGGCUGCACUUUGUCCUGCGCGUGCUGCUGCGCGCGCACCGCCUCGUCGUCGACAGGCCGGCACUCGUGCGGUCGCUGAUCAAGGCUCUGCACGCGCAGCUCGUCUAUAGUGAUCGCUAUGUCAAUGCUUCCUCUUCAUCCGCCUCCGCAGAAGACGACGCAGCAUCCCACUGCAUCCUGGACAGCCUUUCACAGAGCAGCAGGAGCCGCCUGCGCGAGGCCCUGGUGCUCUACAAGAGGUGGCUGAACGAGUCGCUCCUGGGACUCGGCGAUGCCAUCACCCAGCCGCAGGCAGCCGUCGGGCAUGCGUUUGCUGAUCUUGAGGCCUGGUUCUGGAAGUACGGCUGGGACCUGAGGAGUGACUGUGUGCCGCCGCAGGGGCCUGAGGGGUCGGCGGCGGGUGGGGAUGACGACGAGGACGGCCCGAUGCAGUCGCAACAACGGCAGCAGCAGAAGCGACGGCCUGGUCUCGAGGCUGAUGCUGAUGGAGACAGUGACGAUGAUGAGUAUCUUCCUGUGGUAGUCGAGCUUGAUGGCGAUGGGCGAGAGAUCGGGCUGGUCUCGUGGAAUUCGUAGUUGGUGAUGGCACUUGGGAUGGAAUGGAUAUUGAGCUGUGAGAUUCGGAACAGCUGGUAUUUGUUUUUCGUUGAGCUGAUCGAUUGUUCUUUUCUGCGGUAUUUUCACCGGUUCUAACUACUUGAUUUCGAUCCAAGUCGGAUUUAGUUCUAGUAGCUCAUGAUCAGUAUCAAUUUCAAGAUAGCAACCCAAGCCUGGUUGCAUGUUCGCGCUG